AUGUCUUUCUCCAAUGAUUAUUAUGGAGAAUGGAACGCCCUUCCUAGUCUAGCCUUAGGUAACGGCUAUGGCGCCGGCUAUGGCGACGUCUAUGGCUACGGCUAUUGCAACGGCAACGGAGACGGCGGAUGGAACUUCGCCGGCAAUCCGGGCCUGGACGACCACUUUAACUGGGACGACUGGGUCACUGGCAACUUGCGCGGUUACAACUCGAUUCUAGACGACUCGGUCAUUGACACUUCUGUUGUCGAUAAUUCCAUUAUCGACAACCCGAUUCCCAGCAACUCGCUUAACACAGCCAUAGACACCUCGGUCAUAGGUGAGAGAGCCUCUCUCAUCGAUAUCUUCACCGACCCGGUUAUAGGCAACAUGAUUCCCGAAUUCCUCCUCGACCCAGCUAUAGGCACCUCGGCCAUAGGCAACUGGAUUCCUGGCAACUCAGUCACCAACAACUCGGCUAGAGUCAUCUGGACCUCAGACAACUCGGCCACAAGCAACUCAGCUAGAGGCAGCCAGAUCGUACGCAAUCCGGUUGGAGCUAGUCCUAUCGUAGGCACUCCGGUUGCGGGCAACUCCAUCACGGGCAACUGGGCCUUCGGCAACCCUGUCAACGGCAAUCAGGCUACGGCCAACCAGUCCCAUGUCGUGGCUAAUCCUGUCGUAGGCCCCUCCGUCACGGGUAGAAACCCGCCCACGGCCAAUGCUCAAUAUGCGCCUCUUAUGGCCGCUGGGAAGCAGGCCUAUGUUCAAGGCCAGAGUGCUAUUGUUGCGGCUGAUGUUCAGGCUUUUGCUCAAAUUCAGGCCCAGGCUGCCGCUCAAGCUCAAGGUCAAGCUACCGCUCGGCAGCAGACUCCAUCUGCUCUUAUGGCCGCUCAGCGGAAGCGUAGUGCUACCGCUCAAUCUCAGGGUAUGAACGGUCGGCUGAGGCAGAGAGCCAUUGCUGCCGCUCAGGCUCAGGCUGCCGCUCGGCGUGCUGCCGGCCUGGUUCCUGCUGCCCCAACCACAGCCCCAAUCCCCUCACCCCCAUUUCAACCCCAAGGAAUCUUCCCCUUCAUGAAGCUCCCCGAGGAGCUCAAACUGAUCAUCUACCGCUUCGUCUGGCACACUACCCCCGACACCUCGCCCUCCGACCAAGCUUCCUACCAGCAUCGCCUCGAAUUCUACUCCAACCCCCGCCACCUGCGCGCCCAGCUCCGCGGUCUCUUCAAGCUCGGCGCCAUUUCUUCGGCAAUCCGCUACGUCGCCUACGCCGAGUACUUUCGCAGCACGCAGCUGUACCUGCGGUACGACUCUCAUUUCCGCUGGAACUACUCCGACAGCUGGCACGGCAGCGACAAGCUGACGGAGUCGAUGAGCCUGCUUUGGCAGGACGCGACCUUGUCGCCGCUGCUGACUGAGUACGUGGAGCACGUGGCUUGGCACGUCGGUCCCGUGUACCGUCGCGAGCAGUGCGACAUGCAGCGGGCCGCGCUGGACUGGUUGAAGAACUGCAAGAAUGUCAAGACGCUAGAGAUCGUGGUGGCGAUGCGGAGCGCCCAUGUCCGGCCCAAGGAUGUCAAGAGUCUGAUCCAGCGUAAGGGUCGGUUUGCUAGCGGUAAGAUGCCGUAUUCGACCUUCAAGUACUUUCGCUUCUUCUCGUGGUCGAUCAAUCGGCUGGACGUGCUGCGGAAGAAGGGACGUCUGGAGAAGGUGGUGAUUAGCGUCGAGCCGUUUGUGAAUGAGAGCACAAAGGUUGCGGACCGGGGCACGAUUGACUUGAAGGCGCUGCUGGAGAGGUCGGAUUGGUUCCAGAAGUUCAAGAGGGACACGGUGAAGAGCCUUCUUGCUCCUAAGAAGCAAAAGAUUGAUACUAAGUCUGAGAAGACACAGGAGCGCUCUUUCUACAAGAUCGAACAGCACCUCGGUCACCUCAACCCGUGUUGGCAUCGUUCUUACCGGAUCUAA